AUGCCGAAAAUCAAGGAAUCUCACGGAUCGAAGCUCCGGUCUAAGGUGAAGCUUUCAGGAGAAGGAGUUCUGUCGACCGAUGGACACGUGAUCUUGUGCAAAGUGUGUGAGCGGGAUGUUCCCGCCGAGCGAAAAUCGCAAGUUUCGCAGCAUCUCAAUGGAGCGAAGCAUAAGUCGCUAUUGAACAAGAAGAAGCAGUCAAGUUCAACCAGUCUGAUCCAGAUCGCUUCUUUCCUGGAAGUUUCCAGAAAGAAGUCGCAGUUCAAGCUCGACCUCUGCGAAGCCUUUGUUACCGCCGGUAUCCCAUUCUGGAAAUUAGAGAAUUCGAAACUGACAGAUUUCCUCGGGAAAUAUUGUUCCGAACAGAUACCGUCGUCAUCGACCCUCCGCAAAAAGUAUCUUCAGAGCGUCUACGAGCACAAACUGAACAACAUUCGGGAGUAUAUCGAGGAAAACCCGAUUUGGCUCUCCAUGGACGAAAGCACGGACGUGACCGGACGUUUUGUAGCUCACACGGUUGUGGGCACGCUCGAAAUGUCAGGGACGAAAAGUUUUCUGCUCCAUGCAGAAACUCUAGGGAAAACCAAUAGUUCAAGAAUAAUUGCUCAACACAUGUUGAACUCGCUUGCGAUACUCGGGCCCGAUGGGAUUCGACACGACAAAGUGCUUCUCCUAGUCACAGACGGUGCUGCCUAUAUGAAGAAGGCCGGGUCGGCACUGAAAAUCAUCUUUCCGCGGAUGCUACACAUUACGUGUGUCGCACACGCUAUUCAUCGGGUGGCAGAAGAGGUGCGGCUCUUGUUCCCUGAUGUCGACAAGGUAGUUGCCAACGGAAAGAAAGUUUUCCGGAAAUCGGCGGCGAGGGUCAGCCUAUUCCGUGAAAUAGCACCUGGUACGGCUUUGCCACCCCAGCCUAUUCUCACUCGAUGGGGAACCUGGAUAGAAGCAGCCAUCUACUAUUCUGCGAACUUUGUUGCGUUCUCGUCGGUAGUAGCAGCUCUUGAUGAAAACGACGCCUCCAGUAUCCGUGUUGUCAAGGAUCUGCUGGAGAGCGCGAAUCUCAAGGAGAACCUAGCUUUCAUUGAAGCUCACUUUGGUAUUCUGCCCAGAUGCAUCGAGAUGCUUGUGAAAAAGGAAGCGCUAGUUGUGGAUAGCACUGACAUCUUCAAGAAAACUCUUCUAGAUCUCCGCAGAACCCCCGGAGCCGUCGGCGAAAAGAUCCGCAGGAAGUGCGACCUUGUUCUAAGCAACAAUCCCGACUUGCAUCGCCUGGACAAGGUGACAGAUAUACUCCGCGGAAACCCGUCCGAGGGGAGCAUCGACGAAUACUCGCCGUCGGAGCUUGCGUCGCUAAAAUUCGCUCCUAUAACGUCAGUCGACGUGGAGAGGACUUUCUCGAUCUUGAAACAUACCUUAGGCGAUCGGAUUCAGACUCUCACAUUCGACCAUUUGAAGCAACACCUCAUUGUGUACUGUAACCCGUGA